AGAAAAUCAUUCCUCUCACUGAGAUAUUUUACACAAAAGCUCAUCAAAAAUAUAAUUUUGUGCCUAAUUUUAGGUAAAAUGUCGCGGACGCUCCAGGAGAUUAUUCGUAACAAUCCAUUUUCUUCUCCAUUUUCUUCUCAGCGCAACGACGAUGGUUUGAAAGUCAACCAAUUCCGAUCGCUGGCCGCCCUUUCGGCAGACACCAGCGGCGCCCCAGCAGAAGAAUAUUCUUGUGAGUAUGCCUCGAACAAAUUUUUUGCGCUCUGUGGUCUUGGUGGUAUCGUCAGUUGUGGUGUCACCCACACCAUGAUCGUGCCAUUGGAUCUGGUCAAGUGCAGGAUUCAGGUGGACCGAGCAAAAUAUGGCAACAUCAUCAAUGGGUUCAAGGUGACUUUGAGGGAAUCAGGAGUUAGGGAAUUAGGGAAAGGAUGGGCUCCAACUUUCUUCGGUUACUCCAUGCAGGGUUGUUUCAAGUUUGGCUUGUAUGAGGUCUUCAAGCAUAUCUAUGCUGAUCUCGUUGGAGAGGAAAAUGCAUUCUUAUGGAGGACCACCCUCUACCUAGCAGCAUCUGCAUCGGCUGAAUUUUUUGCCGACAUCGCUCUCUGCCCCAUGGAGGCAGUCAAGGUAAGAAUUCAAACUCAGCCCGGGUUUGCGGUGACCCUAAGAGAGGGACUGCCAAAGUUCAUUAAAGAGGAAGGUGUUACGGGGUUGUACAAGGGUUUGAUACCACUGUGGGGUAGGCAGAUCCCGUACACGAUGAUGAAGUUUGCCUGCUUCGAGAGGACGGUUGAGGCUUUGUACAAGUUCGUCGUUCCCAAGCCGAGGUCCGACUGCACGAAGGCUGAACAGCUAAUGGUGACUUUCGUGGCUGGUUACAUUGCUGGUGUGUUUUGUGCCAUUGUGAGUCACCCAGCCGACACCAUCGUCUCCAUCCUCAACAAACAAAAGGGAAGCACUUUCAUCGGAGUCGCUAAGAAUCUCGGUUUCAGAGCAAUGUGGAAUGGUCUGUUCCCUCGUAUCAUCAUGAUCGGUACAUUAACUGCAGCCCAAUGGUUUAUCUACGAUUCAGUUAAGGUCUACUUCAAGUUGCCACGCCCACCACCUCCUGAGAUGCCUGAAUCUCUUAAGAAGAAGUUGGAGGCUGCAGCCAAUAAUUGAAUGAAUAAUUAGAUGAAUGAAUUUGAUUGGUUAUGAUGAUUUGGAGAUUCUUGAUUUUGAUUGGUCGAUUUGGUGACAAGUUUUUUUCAUAAGUUGGUCGGUUCAUAAUAAUUGAUUUUAGUUAAAUGAUUGAUUGAUUGACGAAGGAAUUUUUGAUUGGUUGGUUGAUCCACUAUGAUUGAUUUUGAUCAGCUGAUUGAUUGAUCAUUAAAUCAUUAAAACACUUUUGCCGACGUGGAAGUUAAUUGAUUGAUUUAUUGAUUGAUUAAGAUGAGAAUUGUAAUGUGGUAGAUUGAUCAAUUUAAUUUGUUCAACUGACGAAAGUUUUUGGUCAGUUUGUUGAACGUUUGAUUGAUUAAUUGGUCAGUUUAAUCUCAUUGAUUGAUGGAUUGAUCGGUCAGUUGUUUAGAUGUCUCCUCAUUAUUAUUAUUAUUAUUUAUAUUUCGUCGUUUUGAUAGCUGCUGUCAUGAUCAUAGCAACAUAAAAUUAAUUGUGAUGAUGACGAUGAUGAAAUCGAUUAUUAUUCUAAAUUAUAAUUCUCGAUAAUAUUAUUAUAGUUAUAAUUUUUACCGUCUAUUGUAAGGUACGUUUUUUUAAUUAUUAUUCAGUAUUUUAUUUUAUAUUUGUUGAAAGAUUAUUUUUCUUACGCUUUUCACAGAUAAUGUUUGUAGGGAGAAUUCGUUGAAUACUUUUAUUAUUUACUGCUACUACUACAAUUUUACUACGACUACUACUGCUUAAUAUUGUCAGUAAUUUUACUAACAACGGGAAUUACACUAUCAAUAAAUGGUUUUGAUCGAUUGGUUGAUCAAUUGUUUGAUUGAUCAAUCGAUUGAUAAUGUCCUUGUUAUGAUGGUAUUAGCGAUUGAUGUAGUGACUAUCAGUAUAGAAGGUAGUAGUACUAGCACUAUAUUAUAAUUAUUUUCGUAGGAGAUUUUUAUAACCAACCAUAAUAAAUGUUACUUAUUUAAUCAUAUUUCCUUUGUUAUAUCUCAUUUUAUUCACUAUAAGUUCAUUCAUUUUGUUAGUGUUUUUUUUUAGUUUACCGUGUUAAGGAUUGUUUAUGGAUAAAUGUCUGGAGCGUCAUUUGAAGAAAUAGAUUUUCUCUCUUGG